AUGCCAUUGGUUAAGAGAAAUAUAGAACCGCGGCAUUUAUGUCGUGGGAUAGUGCCCGAUGCAGUCACCAGUGAGUUGGAGUGUGUCACCAACAGUACCCUGGCCGCCAUCAUCAAGCAACUGGGAAGCUUAAGCCGACAUGCAGAGGACAUCUUUGGAGAGCUGUUCAAUGAAGCAACCAGUUUCUACAUGAGGAUGAAUUCACUGCAGGAGAGAGUGGACUUGCUUGUCAUCAAAGUAACUCAGUUAGACUCCACUGUGGAAGAAGUAUCGUUGCAAGACAUAAAUAUGAGGAAAGCAUUUAAAAGCUCCACAGUGCAGAAUCAGCAGGUGGUAUCUCGAAAUUCCAUACCAAAUCCAGUUAUGGAGAUGUACCAACGAGGUGACAAGCCUCCACCACUCAACAUCCUGACCCCAUACAGAGAUGAUCGGAAAGAUGGUCUUCGAUUUUACACAGAUCCUUCAUAUUUCUUUAAUUUGUGGAAGGAAAAAAUGUUACAAGCUACUGAGGACAAGAGGAAGGAGAAGAGAAGACAGAAAGAGCAGAGGCAAGUGGAAGAUCCCACCCGGGAAGUGAAGAAGGUUCGGAAAGCUCGGAACAGGAGGCUAGAAUGGAACAUGAUGGCCUAUGAUAAGGAGUUCAGGCCAGAUAACAGGUUCUCACCAUCUCCAUAUCAUGUGACUUCAUCCGAGGGAUCACUAUCCCCUGAUAAUAGGUCGCAUGCUUCAGAUCUUGAUCACUCGUAUCCGGCCAGUCCCAAUCACCCCACUCAGCAGAUCCUGGCUGCUAUCCCUCACCUGACCGCAGAGAACAAAGAGAUCAUACUAAUGGCCAGUCAAGCACAAGAGCAUGGCUACCGCUCAUCCGCCCCGGGUAGCCGGCAGAACAGUCUGAACAGAGCCCAGCAGGCGCAUGUACCACAGCCACCAGAGGCCAUUCUCAAUGGCCCACGGCCUCAGGUCUUGAAGGAUUAUGGUGGUCAACAAGGGACAGUGAUUGAAUAUUUUGUGCCUCCUGCCCCUCCACCGCCUCCUCCUGUAAUUCCUUCUGCACAAACAGCUUUCGACAGCCCAAUCGCUGCCCCCACUCCUGUAGCUCUCAAUGUAGCUGCCUCCAUGUCCUCAUAUAUCCCUGCCCCACCUCCAGCUCCCCCCUGCCCAUACACUGGUUCUCCUCCUCAAAUUGGUUCUUUGGGACCACCCAUAGCCCCUCCCCCACCGCCCCCAGGUCCUCUAACUGUUACCGCUUCCCCUGUUCAUUCCGCUUCCCCACUCGCGGUCACUGUGGAACCAAGGAAACCUCAGAUUCCGCUCAUUCCUAUGAGUGAUGCCAGGAGUGACCUCCUAGCUGCAAUCCGCAGAGGUAUCCAGCUUCGGAAAGUCCAAGAGCAGAGAGAACAGGAGGCAAAGAAGGAGCCGGUUGGAAACGACGUGGCUACAAUCCUAUCCCGCAGGAUUGCUGUGGAGUACAGUGAGUCUGAUGACGACUCGGAAUUGGAUGAGAAUGAAUGGUCUGAUUAA